AUGAACAAACUUUUUCUUUUUUUAUUCUUAUUUAUACUUUUGUUAAAAAAUGUGUCACCAAGCUCAGGCUUAACCUCUGACCAGUAUAUUCAAAGCAACUACUGGAAUUCUUACUUUCCUAAGUUAAAGUCAACUAAGUUGGCAGAUUUAACACAAUUAGAAACUGAUAUAUUUAAGUGCCAUUCUAAAUUAAAGGAUCAAAAAACUAUGAGAAUCUCCUGGCAAUGCAUUACUAAAAUACACAAUGUGCUUUGGAUUCCAAAUAAAAAAACUUUAGGAGAUAGGAAAAGGUUUUUAAUCAGCUUUACUGAUACAUUAGGUACUUUGUAUGCUUUUCCAUACUCUCAGAAAAAGCUCCUUAACCUCUGUACAAGCACUAGCAUUGAUGUAUUUGGCCAAUUUAAUGAAAAAGGAGUUGCAAUUUUGCCAAAAGACUUUACAUUUUUAACUAUAAAUGAAUGCAUUAACUAUUAA